CGAGGACUUUCCGGAUGUAUGACGAUACUUACCGAAGAGUGUUCCGACGAUAAACGAUAAAUGAUUGUCCAAGAACGGAAAAAACAUGGCGGAAAGUAUCGAGGGUGUUAUUGUGAAAGUUGAGGAGGAUGACGAAGCUUUACAGCAAGCAGUCAAAGUAAAUGGCCGUUAUGUUGAUCCCUGGGGUACUGCGAGAAUGCCGUCAAAAGUUGAUGUGCUCAGAUGGAGGUUACUGGAGAAAAACGAACGCGGCAUCGGAGGAACUUGGAGAGAACUAUUUCGAUUCAAACAUGAGGAGCUGGAGCAGAAUCUUCCUGUCCUAACCCCUGAUAGUUCUAUUUUGUCAUCACCCCCUUUAGAUGACAUCCAAGUAACUUGGUUAGGACAUGCCAGUGUUCUCGUUCAAAUGGAUGGUCUUAAUAUUUUAACUGAUCCAGUCUUCAGUGGAUUUUGUGGGCCAAACCAGUUCAUGAGCUUCAAGCGUUACAGGCCAGCACCUUGCUCUGUUGACAAACUGCCAAAUAUUGAUGCAGUUUGUAUCAGUCAUACCCACUAUGACCACUUAGAUCUAAAAAGUGUUAAAGAUCUCAAUCGGAGGUUUGGAGAAUGUGUGCAUUGGUUUGUUCCUAUGGGGUUAAAAUCGUGGAUGAGUAACAUUGGCUGUAAAAAUGUAACAGAACUUGAAUGGUGGGAAGAGAUGGAGUUUCUCAAACCAAAAAGCAAUGGCAAUGCUACAAAGUUUGUUUUCACUCCCACACAACACUGGUGUCGGAGAACACUAAUGGAUGAAAAUAAAGUAUUAUGGGGAAGCUGGACUGUUAUCGGACCGAAACAUAGGUUCUUCUUUGCUGGAGAUACUGGGUACUGUAAAGGAUUUAAACAGAUUGGAAAGCAGUAUGGACCAUUUGAUUUUGCAGCAAUACCAAUUGGUGCUUAUAAGCCAAGGUGGUUUUUGCACUUCCAACAUGUGGAUCCCACAGAAGCAGUUUGUAUUCAUGAAGACAUUCAAUCUCACCAUUCUUUGGGAAUCCACUGGGGUACUUUUCCUACAGGAUACGAGCAUUUUAUGGACCCUCCAAAAGACCUGAGUGAAGCACUGAAGUCUAAAGAAAUUCCAGAAACAGCCUUUUUUACCAUGAAACAUGGAGAGACUAAAGUCAUAAAAUGACCUCAUUAUAAAGAACUAGAAAGAACAGAAUCAAGAUAUUGAACACAGGAGUUACACUUAGAUAUUUACUAUUCUAGUUGCUUCAUUGAGUAUCCUCUUUAUCCAAUUGCAUCUUCGAAGUGUUGUUAAUGACGAUUCUUGAUUUGUAGUUUGAACCUGUGCAUGGCUUUUUUAUUAUCUCAUGAGAACAAGCAUGAACUUUGCUUAUUUGGCAAGCUUUCAAGCAAUAUAUUUCAUGGAUCCACCUGUUCCGAAAACAAUCGACAUCUUUGUAUGUGAGAUGAACUUAUAAGGCAUGAUUCUUUCCAAAACUUUCUUUACAAAAUACUGCAUUAUCUGCAUUCUGUACAUUACGAUGUUCAUGAAGAGCAACCACACAAUAGGCAAGCUGUCUCAUUCUCAUCCCCAGUUUCCAUGCUUGACGCUAGGAACACCUGGGCCCAUGAUCCCCCUUUUGAUGUCCAAGACAGAACCGCUUGCAUUUUAUGACUCUGGCUUUCCUAUGAAAGCCUGAGUAACUAAAUAAUAAUAAAGUAAUUUUAAUAACUAUUAAAAAUUAUUAGUCAGACCUGUAGAGCCUUAUGCAGGCCUGAGGUUGACAGAGGCUGUAUUAUGUUAACAUUUAUUUGUAGGCUGAAACAAAGUUUCAAUAUUGCAAAUUUUAUUAUCCACAGUACUAAGUAAAACGUACUGUGAACACUUUUAAAGUAAAAAAAAAGUAAAGAAGGCAGAACCUUAAAAUGGGUUGUUGAAUCUUCCUUGUUAAUUUUGUUUGAAGAACUGAUAUAAAAUGAAUGAAUGAAAGACUUUA